ACGUGGGUCACGUGUCCCUCAGCGACGCUCGCCAGUGGGCGGGGCUUCGGCGCAGAUUGAAGGAGGGUGGUGGACAGGCUGGAGUGCGGCUCACGGAGACUUGUGCGAACGCCGCUUGUGAAGCAGGUCGUCGUAGAGAAUGAACGUGAUGAGUGGAGGAAGACCUCACGUGUACUGACACGCUGUGAGACGAAAUCGUGAAACGGCGGAUACGGGGCUUUUACUGUACGGGUCGACACCAGGCGUUAAUAAACUUUAUGGAGUCGUGGCAUUGCGUGGCAUUGCGUGGCAUUGCGUGAACCCUCAUGUCAUGUGUCAAGAUCCUGACUAUGAUGAUUUGUAUGGAUUGUGUUCUGCGAGGCUCCUGUCAGCAUGAACGAAUGAGCUUAUGCAACAAGCUGAGGGAAAUGGCUUUUGAAUUGUCCCAGUCCUGCCACGUACAGUCAGUCCUCCUCCUCCUCCUCCUCCUUCCCUGAAGGACGUCAGCUGUUUAUGGGAACUACUGGCAUCGGUCUCCUGAGGAUUUAGCUCUCCUUUUGGGACGCCUUUUUUUUUUUUUUUUCCUUCCCCCCCCACCUCCACAGCGACAUGGCUAACAACUCGUACAGCGGGGUGAAGAACUCCAUAGCGGAGCCCAAUCACGAUGGAGAAUUCGGCUGCUCGCUCAAAGAGCUGCGCUCACUCAUGGAACUGCGGGGGGCCGAGGGAUUACAAAAAAUCCAGGAUUGUUACGGGGACGUUAACGGACUCUGCAGCAGACUGAAAACUUCACCUAUAGACGGUUUAAGCGGGAGCCCUGCCGAUAUCGAAAGCAGAAAAUUAGCGUUUGGACAGAACUUUAUACCUCCGAAAAAGCCAAAAACGUUUCUUCAAUUAGUAUGGGAAGCAUUACAAGACGUAACGUUGAUUAUUCUAGAAGUGGCAGCCAUAAUUUCAUUAGGCCUUUCUUUUUAUAGACCUCCGGAAUCAAGUGAUCAAAAAUGCGGGGAGGGAACAGGAGGCGUGGAAGACGAGGGCGAGUCAGAGGCAGGAUGGAUCGAGGGAGCAGCCAUCCUCCUUUCUGUUAUCUGUGUGGUGCUAGUGACUGCCUUUAACGACUGGAGUAAAGAGAAGCAGUUCCGUGGCUUACAGAGCCGCAUUGAACAAGAGCAGAAGUUUACAGUGGUGCGCGCAGGGCAAGUCAUUCAGAUCCCCGUGGCCGAGAUCGUAGUCGGGGAUAUUGCACAAAUCAAAUACGGUGACCUCUUACCUGCCGAUGGCGUUCUCAUCCAAGGGAACGAUCUUAAAAUCGACGAGAGCUCUCUGACGGGAGAAUCAGACCACGUGAAGAAACUGCUGGAUAAAGAUCCCAUGCUGUUGUCAGGUACCCAUGUCAUGGAGGGCUCUGGAAAAAUGGUCGUCACUGCCGUCGGAGUCAACUCCCAGACCGGAAUCAUCUUCACGUUACUGGGGGCGGGAGAGGACGACGACGACGAGGAAAAAGAGGAGAAGAAGAAAGAAAAAGAGAGGAAGAAGGAGAAGAAAAACAAAAAGCAAGACGGCUCUGUGGAGAACAGAAAGAAAGCUAAAGCCCAGGAUGGAGCUGCAAUGGAAAUGCAGCCCCUGAACAGCGACGAAGGGGCAGAUGCAGAGGAGAAGCGCAAAGCCAACUUGCCAAAAAAAGAGAAAUCUGUUCUGCAGGGAAAGCUGACUAAACUAGCAGUCCAAAUCGGCAAAGCAGGUCUGGUGAUGUCUGCCAUCACCGUCAUAAUCCUGGUGGUGUUGUUUAUAGUGAACACCUUUUGGGUGCAAGGCCUUCCGUGGGAGAAAAGCUGCACACCCAUAUACAUCCAGUAUUUCGUCAAGUUCUUCAUCAUCGGCGUGACCGUCCUGGUGGUGGCUGUCCCUGAGGGUCUGCCUCUUGCCGUCACUAUUUCACUGGCUUACUCUGUCAAAAAAAUGAUGAAGGACAACAAUUUGGUAAGGCAUUUAGAUGCCUGCGAGACCAUGGGCAAUGCUACUGCCAUCUGUUCAGAUAAGACGGGCACUCUGACCAUGAACAGGAUGACUGUGGUGCAGGCUUACAUCGCAGACCAGCACUACAGGAAGGUCCCUGAGCCAGAAGUAAUCCCUGCCAGCAUCAUGGACCUGCUCAUUCUGGGCAUCAGCGUCAACAGCGCUUAUACCACCAAGAUCAUGCCUCCUGAGAAGGAGGGAGGUCUGUCUCGUCAGGUGGGCAACAAAACCGAAUGUGCCUUGCUUGGCUUUGUGCUGGACCUGAAAAAAGACUACCAAGCAAUCCGCAACGAGAUCCCCGAGGAGAAGCUCUAUAAAGUUUACACUUUCAACUCUGUCAGGAAAUCCAUGAGCACCGUGCUGAAGAACGCUGACGGAAGCUUCCGGAUGUUCAGCAAAGGAGCUUCGGAAAUUCUACUCAAGAAAUGUUAUAAGAUCCUUACAGCGAAUGGUGAGGCCAAGGUGUUCCGGCCCAGAGACAGGGAUGACAUGGUGAAGAAAGUGAUUGAGCCCAUGGCCUCUGAAGGCCUGAGGACAAUAUGCCUGGCCUACAGAGACUUCCCCGCCUCAGAAGGAGAACCUGAGUGGGAAAACGAGGCCGAUAUACUCACCAGACUCACCUGUGUGUGUGUGGUGGGCAUCGAGGACCCCGUCAGACCGGAAGUCCCUGAUGCUAUUAGAAAGUGCCAGCGUGCCGGGAUCACAGUGCGCAUGGUCACCGGGGACAACAUCAACACAGCUCGCGCCAUAGCAACCAAAUGCGGCAUCCUGCAGCCUGGAGAUGAUUUCCUCUGCCUGGAAGGUAAAGAAUUCAACCGGCGGAUACGCAACGAGAAAGGAGAGAUCGAACAGGAGCGGAUUGAUAAAAUAUGGCCGAAACUCAGAGUCCUGGCGAGAUCCUCUCCCACAGACAAGCACACGUUAGUUAAAGGUAUCAUCGACAGCACUGUUGUAGAACAGAGGCAAGUAGUAGCAGUAACGGGAGACGGUACAAACGACGGCCCUGCCUUGAAAAAGGCCGAUGUUGGAUUCGCUAUGGGCAUUGCAGGCACAGAUGUAGCUAAAGAGGCCUCCGACAUCAUUCUCACCGACGACAAUUUCUCCAGCAUCGUCAAAGCGGUCAUGUGGGGCCGCAACGUCUACGACAGCAUCUCCAAAUUCCUGCAGUUCCAGCUCACUGUCAACGUAGUGGCUGUGAUCGUGGCCUUCACCGGAGCUUGCAUCACACAGGAUUCUCCAUUGAAAGCAGUACAGAUGUUGUGGGUGAAUCUGAUCAUGGACACGUUUGCCUCGCUGGCUCUGGCCACUGAGCCUCCCACGGAGUCUCUGCUGCUGAGGAAACCAUACGGCCGUAACAAACCCCUCAUCUCCAGGACCAUGAUGAAGAACAUCCUGGGCCAUGCCGUUUACCAGCUCACAGUCAUCUUCACUCUGUUGUUUGCAGGUGAAAAGCUAUUCGACAUAGACAGCGGCCGUAACACCCCUCUCCAUGCACCACCCUCUGAACACUACACCAUUGUCUUCAACACCUUCGUGUUGAUGCAGCUCUUCAACGAAAUCAACGCCCGCAAGAUCCACGGCGAGAGGAACGUCUUUGAGGGUAUCUUCAACAACCUUAUCUUCUGCUCCAUUGUCUUUGGCACAUUCAUCAUCCAGAUUGUCAUUGUGCAGUUCGGAGGCAAGCCCUUCAGCUGCGUGGGUCUUAGCAUCGAACACUGGCUCUGGUGCGUUUUCUUAGGCUGUGGCUGUCUGCUCUGGGGUCAGGUGAUCUCCUCCAUCCCGACCAGUCGCCUGAAGUUCCUGAAGACGGCCGGUCACGGAACUCAGAAGGAGGAGAUCCCAGACGAGGAGCUGGAGGACAUGGAGGACCUCGACGAGAUCGACCACGCUGAGCGUGAGCUCCGCAGGGGGCAAAUCCUCUGGUUCCGAGGCCUCAACAGGAUACAGACUCAGAUGGAUGUAGUGAGUGCGUUCCAGAGCGGCACUUCCUUUCAGGGGGCCCUCAGGCGUCACCCCUCGAGCACCAGCCAACAGCACGAUAUCCGAGUAGUGAAUGCAUUCCGCAGCUCCCUGUCCCCCUAUGAGGGGCUGGAGAAGCCCGAGUCGCGCAGCUCAAUCCACAACUUUAUGACCCACCCGGAGUUCCGGAUAGAGGACUCGGAGCCCCACAUCCCCCUCAUUGACGACACGGACGCCGAGGACGACGCCCCCACGAAGAGAAACGCCACCCCCACACCCCCGCCACCUCCCUCUCCGUCACCCAACCAGAACAAUAACGCCGUGGACAGCGGCGUCCACCUCUUCUUAGACAACAGCAAGCCGGCCACGCCCUUGGCCCCAGCGAGCCCCAUGCACAGCGUGGAGACGUCCCUCUGAUCGGCUCCGCCCCCCUCCCUUCCUCCACACUCUGAGCCACACCCACCUGCCGUCUCUGCAGAGACCUGCGCUCGCUCAGCGGACUCACGGGCGCGGAGCCCUGUGUGAUCUGGGAGCUUGGCUUGUGCUUGACUGAAACAAGAGCAAGCGUUCACCAGAAUGUAGGGUGUGGUUGUGAUAUUACCUUUUUUUUUUUUUUUUUUUUUUUUUUUUUCCCCCUCCUCUUCUGUUGUUGUUGUCUUAUUUUAUUCUCAACAUCCUCUCGGAGAGGGAAGGACUCUAUUUCCACCUCUGCUUAUAAAAUCUUUCUGUCCCCUUUGUGAAAACGGAGGGAUUGUUAAUUCAGAUUGAAAGUGACCUGUAUUUUUUAUUAUUGUUAUAUUAUUAUUAUUAUUAUUAUUAUUUAAUUAUUAAUAUUCUAAUAUUGAGAAGACGAUUGGUUUCUCCGUGGCUUGCAGAUGAUUAGCUGUAAGAAUUGACUUUAUUUUUUUUUUUUCCCUGAAUGGUGGUGUACAUUUCUUUCUUUGGCCCUAGAUCACCCAGGUUAAUUUCUGCUUCAUUUGGCUGUUCAUAUUUUGAAUUAUUUAUGUUUUUUUUUUUUUUUUUUUUUGAAAAAGGCAGGUCUGUUUACAAAGUUUGUAGAUACUUUUUUUCUCUUUGUUGGUGAAGGAGCUUCCUGAUGCAGAAAAAAAUGGGGACAAAUUUAAAAAAAAAAAAAAAAAAAAAAAAAAAGAAAGAAAUGAGAGUAAUAUUUCAGAUACUGCUGUAUUUUCAGGAAAAAAAAGGGUGUUUCUAUGGAAACUGAACUAUUUUUGCCUGCAAGUUUUAUUUGUUAUAUAUUUGUGGAUACAUAGAAAUCUUCUAGCCAAAUAGAUAACACUAAGGCUUGUAUAGCAGUGAAGAGAGGCGUCGAGGUCCAGAAGCUAGAGCGAGCGAUGACAGGGACGCAGGCGAGGACCUCUGUCAGUACAUUUCCUUAGGCAUUUACUACUGCGUUUCUUCAGUUUUAAAGCUAGUUUAUCAUGCUUACUAGGGACUGCGUUGUGUUCCCAGUUCAUCAUUAUCGAUCGAGAGUCGCUGUAAUGGUUGAGACUCUAGGUUUCAAAUGACAUCAGUUCGAUUUGAAAUGGAAUUUACAAAAGCGAGAGAGACAAAUCACCAAAGUUAUCAUCGAGUCCGUAAUUCUUAGUAGGAAGUCCACUGGUAACAUUUCAGUCCCUGCCAAUAUGUGAUAUCGAGGAUCAUGAUCUCAGGCUUAGGGAGAAGAAGAAAAAAAAUAAAUGACUAAACGAAUCAGAUGCAAUGAAUGCAAAACAUGCAUCAUUAUGAGUGAAGAUUUUUUUUUUUUUUUUUUUUUUUGUCUUGAAGUAAAUUAUCGUGUUUCAAUUAACAUUUAAAUUUACAUUUAUCUUGGUCAGAAAAAACACACUAGUUUUUGAGGUUUCAUUUUUGGAAAACGUUUCCACUUAUGACUUCAUACGGGGGGAAAAAACAACAACAGAUUGUAUUCUUUCUUCAUCUUAUUCCAUAAAUAUUCUAGUCAUUCAGAUUGCUGCGUUUGACUUGGCUGUGGAAUAUAUUUGUCACCUGAAAUACUGGAACAUACUAAAUGGAAAAAAAGGGGGAUUUUUAGGGAAAAAAAAAACACUUGGACAUAACGGGGUCUCUGCACAGGGUACAUUUAUUUCAACUCCCUUUGGAAAUUUUGAUACAGACCAUAUAAAUAAAGAUUUCCUUUGUAUUUUUAUGGGAAAUGAAGAUCUUUUGACCUGCUGAAGCAGACUUCGAGGAAUUUUACACAGUAACCAGUGCAGCAGUAACAGCUUUUCAAACAAGGCUAGUGAUUUGGUUCUGCUAGGAAUCUAUUUCUCAGGGUGGCGAAUAGUACGAACCAGGCUUUACGAAAACACCUACAGUCAAAUAUUAACACUUUAUUUUUUAUGUUUUAGAUUAGAUUAUUUUUUUGUUCUGGCUGGUAUUGGCUGUCGAUUUUCUCCUGCGGGUCUGUAAGGGAAGAGGAGAAAAUUCAAAGAAGAAUAGGAUGCGCUCUUUAUUCAGCACAUCCGCACUUUUUUUUUUUUUUUUUUUUUUUUUUCCUAAUUUAUUUUUUUUGUUCCUUGUGUUUAACAAAUAAAAAAAAAAGCAGCUUGAGUUUGCUAUUUAGUGAAGAGAUGUGGAAAGAAAAGAAUCCAUGAGUUUAUUCUGUAGCUUCUUCCUGUAACAGGGAUGAAUGUUUUUUCCAUCUGUUUUAUGGAUUUAUUAUUUUUUUUUAACUUAACAUUUGGAAAUAAAAGUACUUCAUGUCUGUUUAUCUGGAGAAAUGUAAAUGGUUAUUGUGAUUCAAUUUACAUUUGAAAUUUGUUGAGUAAUGUGUAUGGUUUUUAAGAAUUAAAAGCGAAAAAUGGAUAUUUA